GGCCAGCGGGGAUGGCGGCUGUCUGUGCGACUGGCUGCCGGCUGUUGAGGCUCUGUGCGGCCGCAGUUGAGGGGCCCUGGGGUCGGCUGCGUGGCUUGGGGCUGGCUCGGGGUUUUCUGCAACCCAAACCGGAUGGCGAGGAUGUGGCCCCGAGGCGACAGGUGGCUCACUUCACUUUCCAGCCCGACCCGGAGCCCCGGGAGUACGGGCAGACUCAGAAAAUGAAUCUUUUUCAGUCAGUAACAAGUGCCUUGGAUAACUCAUUGGCUAAAGAUCCUACUGCAGUAAUAUUUGGUGAAGAUGUUGCCUUUGGUGGAGUCUUUAGAUGCACUGUUGGCUUGCGAGACAAAUAUGGAAAAGAUAGAGUUUUUAAUACCCCAUUAUGUGAACAAGGAAUUGUUGGAUUUGGAAUUGGAAUUGCAGUCACUGGUGCUACUGCCAUUGCAGAAAUUCAGUUUGCAGAUUAUAUUUUCCCUGCUUUUGAUCAGAUUGUUAAUGAGGCUGCCAAGUAUCGCUAUCGCUCUGGGGAUCUUUUCAACUGUGGAAGCCUCACUAUCCGGUCCCCUUGGGGCUGUGUUGGCCAUGGGGCUCUCUAUCAUUCUCAGAGUCCCGAAGCUUUUUUUGCCCAUUGCCCAGGAAUCAAGGUGGUUGUACCCAGAAGCCCUUUCCAGGCCAAAGGACUUCUUUUGUCAUGCAUAGAGGAUAAAAAUCCAUGUAUAUUUUUUGAACCUAAAAUACUUUACAGGGCAGCAGUGGAACAGGUUCCUAUAGAGCCAUACAACAUUCCACUGUCCCAGGCCGAAGUCAUACAGGAAGGGAGUGAUGUGACUCUUGUUGCCUGGGGCACUCAGGUUCAUGUCAUCCGGGAGGUGGCUUCCAUGGCACAAGAAAGACUUGGAGUGUCUUGUGAAGUUAUUGAUCUCAGGACUAUAGUACCUUGGGAUGUGGAUACAGUUUGCAAGUCUGUGAUCAAAACAGGACGACUACUCAUCAGUCACGAGGCUCCCUUGACAGGCGGCUUUGCAUCGGAGAUCAGUUCUACAGUUCAGGAAGAAUGUUUCUUGAACCUAGAGGCUCCUAUAUCAAGAGUUUGUGGGUAUGACACACCAUUUCCUCACAUUUUUGAGCCAUUCUACAUCCCAGACAAAUGGAAGUGCUAUGACGCCCUUCGAAAAAUGAUCAACUAUUGACCACGUAG